AAAGUAAGAAGGGCGGGUCUGCGAAGGUGUAAACCCAUCGGCGAUCAAUCUCCGCCGACUGGGGCGUGGCUCAAAGCGGUAACAACCAAUAGGGAUCGACAGGAUAAAAGAAGUGCCAAGGUGAGAUCGAGCCAUCUCAUUCUCUCAACCAUGGCCAGCCGAACAACCGCCGGAGGACUCGGAUUUGCUGUCCGACAAAAGCAAGACUCAAAAUUCAAUGAGGAGGAGGGAGAAAUGCUACUCAAAUGGAUUAAAGAGCUAUCGAAGGAAAAUAUCAACACUUCUGGUGAUCGCGACAAUUUCUUGAAUCUGCUCAAGGAUGGCACACUUCUUUGCAAAAUGGCCAAUGGUAUUGAGCCGGGAAUCGUGAAGAAAAUCCAAAAACCCAUCUCAAACUUUGCCUGCAUGGAGAAUAUCAAUGCAUUUGUGGAAGCCGCUAAGAAGGUAAAUUUAAUUCUGUUGGGAGAAGCAUAA